CUUCUGCGCGAGCGCGGAGAAGUACCCGGAUUAGCACAGGGCUUCCGUUGAGGAGUUCCUUUUUUUUUUCUUUUCCCCCAAAGUUUUGAGAGCCAAUAGGAAGCGGACUGACUGGCGCGCGCGAGAGAGAGAAUCAUAGAGUUGGAAGAGAACUCGUGGGCCAUCCAGUCCAACCCCCUGUCAAGAAGCAAGACAAUCACAUUCAAAGCACUUCUGACAGAUGGUCACCCUGCCUCUGCUUAAAAUCCUCCAAAGAAGGAUCCUCCACCACACUCCAAGGCAGAGAGUUCCACUGCGGAACAGCUCUCACGGCCUUUUCCACCAAAUGAAAUGGCAAAUGCUACUUCCAAUUUAUUCAUGACUUUCUUGGCCAGAUCUCAGCUCGGCUUACUCAUGCCAGGCCUUUCCGCCUUACACAAUCAAAGAACGAAUGGGAAGUUUUCCCAGCAUUUCAGAUAUGCAACCGAUUUCAUAUCAGGACCGGAGAACAAAGCCACUGUAGAACGUCUGUCAGAGUUAUCUGUGGAUAUCAAGAAAAUCCGUAGGCUGAAGCCAUGGGUGCUCUCAAAAGAGGUGACGUAUGUCAAAGAAAUGGCUAGUAUUCUACAAAAAAUAGGAGCUGAUGGGAGUUCUGUAGCAUAUAUUUUUGAAUGCUGUCCGGAGGCCAUCCUUCGCAGCCCUACAGACGUCAGUUGUCAGAGAGACCUGUGGUUAUCCAUCUGCCGAAAUGAAAAGCAGUUAGUUGAAUUAAUAAAACGGUUCCCAGACUCCUUUUUUGCAGUUGAACACUAUGAAAGCCAGAAAGCCAAUGUCAGAUUCUUUAAAGACCUGGGGCUAAAGAAUACCAUUAUCAGUAGGCUUUUAACAAGUGCCUCGAAUAUUUUUCAUAAUCCUGUGGAAAAGAACAAACAUAUGAUAGAAACCUUGCAGAGUCACUACUUAAGCCUAGGAGGUUCACAGGAGAAUAUGAAGACCUGGCUCCUGAAACUAUUGAGUCAAAAUCCAUUCAUUUUGUUAAAUACUUCUUCCACUGUCCAAGAAAACUUGGAGUUUCUUCAGAAGAACAAGUUUACUGAUUCAGAAGUCUUAUGUCUUGUAUCCAAGCUCAAGGGGUUUAUUGUUCAGCUCAACCCUGCCACGAUGCAGAACAGCCUGCUGUACUCAAAGAACAUUUUCAAAUGCACUGAUCAAGAACUGAAAGAAUUAAUACUAAAAUGCCCUGCCCUUCUCUACUAUUCGGUUCCAGUUUUGGAAGAAAGACUGCAGGAGCUCUUGAAGGCUGGAGUUUCUGUAGACCAAGUUAAAGAGGCGCCUGGAGUAUUGGAACUUUCAACAGAAAUAGUGCAGCACAGGAUCAAAAAAUUAAAUGCCAUAGGCUUCAGUUUAAAGACUGGCAAUCUAGAAUAUCUGAACGGAACAAAAAAAGAUUUUGAAACUGCUUAUGGAAAAAUACAAGCAAAAAGGGAGAGGCCUAUAUUUAAUCCAGUUGCUCCUUUAAAUAUUGAAGAUUAAAUUCCAGAACAUGCUUAAGCAAUGCUGUACGGAAGAGAAAGAAAAGCAACGGAUGCACCUUUUACACCUUAAGUAAAUUAAACCUAAUUGGCAAAGUGAAUUUUUUUAUUCAGAUGUACUUCCUCCAUUUUAAGAGGAAAUACAUUAUGUGAUGGACUUGAAAGCUUUCAUACCUAAUUGGAGACCAGUUUAUCUGUGCCUUGAGCAGUAUUGUUCAUACUGAGUAUAUACUAAAUAGAAAAAUUAAGCAGCUAUAACAUUCGGUCUUAUUCCAUUCAAUUGGAACAUAAAAGUUUUUUAGACAAUGCUUCUGGCAAUGCUUGGGUUCCAUAACUAUGUUCUUAUUAAGAUUGUCAUCUUCCAUGUAAACUAUGGGGGUUUUUUUGGUUUUUCAUAUGCUAGGCACCUCAAUGAUUGCUUCGUUCUCCUGGAUUUUCAUCUUUGGAUAAUGUUUUGUCUAAGUUUUGUAGCUGCAGAGUUUUUAAAAAUAUAAAAAUGCACAAUUGUAUUCCUUGACUGUGCCAUGAUUUUAGGUACAGUAGAGUCUCACUUAUCCAAGACUCGCUUAUCCAAGGUUCUGGAUUAUCCAAGCCAUUUUUUUAGUCAAUGUUUUCAAUAUAUCAUGAUAUUUUGAUGCUAAAUUCAUAAAUACAGUAAUUACAACAUAACAUUACUGCAUAUUGAACUACUUUUUCUGUCAAAUUUGUUGUAUAACAUGAUGUUUUGGUGCUUAAUUUGUAAAACCAUAACCUAAUUUGAUGUUUAAUAGGCUUUUCCUUAAUCCCUCCUUAUUAUCUAAGAUAUUCGCUGAUCCAAGGUUCUGCCGGCCCAUUUAGCUUGGAUGAGACUCGACUGUACUAAGGCUGCAUCUACACUGUAGAAUUAAUGCAUCAUUAGGGAUGGAUUUUAAUGUAUAGGAUGUAUGAAUUUGAGUCAGUAGUUCAGCUGGAGCCUGACAGUUUCUACAUUUAAAAAAAUUAAAUGCUUUGCUUCAACAUUUAUAAUCUAGGUUUGGGAUAACAGAAGAACUGGGUCAGAUAAAUAAAAGCAUGUUGAGUAUA